CGCGCAGUUUUGCCGUAUGCCCGCUGGGUUUUCGCCCCCUGGCGGGAUUGGCGCGCUGGUUUUUGUGUCGCCGCCGCCGAGGCCGCAGACAGGCGGCGCACCCCCAGGGACGCAGCGAUGGCGUAUUUUUUGCUGCGAGACGUGCUGGCGCACUACUCACUUUGGCAGCCCGG